AUGUCGUGGGGAGUGAUGGAGGGACAUUUUGGGUGGGGAAGCUGCAGCAGCAAUGGCGGUGGUGCUGUGGUUGAACAAGAAGCUGGGUGGAGAAAGGGUCCUUGGACUGCCGAAGAGGACAAGUUGCUGAUCGAGUAUGUCAAGCUGCAUGGCGAAGGACGAUGGAACUCUGUUUCCAGGCUUGCAGGACUGAAGAGGAAUGGGAAGAGCUGCAGGCUGAGGUGGGUGAAUUACCUGAGGCCAGACCUGAAGAGAGGACAAAUCACUCCACAGGAAGAGACCAUUAUCGUGGAGCUCCAUGCUAGGUGGGGGAACAGGUGGUCCACUAUAGCUCGGAGCCUGCCAGGGAGAACGGACAACGAGAUCAAGAACUACUGGCGAACCCACUUCAAGAAAAAGACCAAAGUGCCCCCGCUCCUCGACACCUCCGAGAAGGCCAGGAACCGCCUCCUGAAGCGGCAGCAGUUCCACCAGCAGCAAAAAGAGCAGCAGCAGUUGCAACAACACCACCAGCACCAGCAACAGCAGCAGCAGCUGCUGUGGCAACUGAACCAGCUGGACAUGAAAAAAAUCAUGUCCUUGCUGGAUGACACGUCCGACUACCCCGCCGCCGCCAUGGCUCAGUUCAGCGGCAGGCAGGAUAAUCAGGCCGCCGCCGCCGCCACUAGCAGCAGCAACGGUAAUACAGCUCAUCAUGUAGUUUACCCUAACGGCGGGGAUCAUUUCUUUAGCAACGGCAUGUUCAGCGUCGUUAAUGAUGAUGAUGAUAAUAAUAAAGCACCGGCGGCUGCGGCGGCGGCGGCGGCGUCGAGCGAGGAAGUGGGGCUGUGGGAGGAGGGGCUGUGGAGCCUGGAGGACUUCCACGUGGCGGUGGCUACCGGCAGAGUCCCCAACUUGGUUGCACCUUUUUGUUGA